UCCUCGGCUGCCAGUUUGGCAUUGUCAAUCUGAAGGAUAAUUCUGGCAUUUUCAAGGCUGGCUAUGGAGAUCUAAAAAAGACAAGCAGACAAUGAAGACCCAAGACUCCCUUUCAUCUUACAAAGCACCGGGGGUAAGAACAGGUCGGGCGGCAUUCCCUGUCCUGUGACUGCCGAGAUGGUUAGGCAGCCAGAUGCGUCGACACCCAAGAACCAGAUGUGCAAGGGUGGGACCCAGCAAAGCCAGACGGAUUUUCACCCUACUGGGAACUGCCACACUUCAAUGACUCUCACCUGAAAAGAAAUCACCAGGGCAGAGAGAAAAGGGGUGGGACGGAUCAAGGGCGUGUUGCCCCAGUGCCAGUCCUCCUCCAGAGCCCAGGAGAGACCCUGUCCUCAUCACAUAGGCAAUCAUGACAAUAACAUAAUUGCAGAGUUGGCAGGAGCCACGUCAACGGUUGGUAUUCCAGAUAAAUAUUUACUUGGUAAACACCCUAUUACCCAAGGUGUGGCGGGCUACGAGCACAAAUCGGGCUUUUGUAUUGUUCUGUUUGGGUUCUGUCUAUGCAAGGGCCCCCAUGGAGGGACCAGAUGAGCCAAAAUGGGCCCUGAGGGACCUGAAUGAGAGACUGAAGGGAUUUCUGGAACAUAUAAAACAGCUGGAUCAGGUAAAUCGCAACCUUGAGGAAAAGAUUUUGGAAUGGGGAAGGAAGAACGUUAUGACACCGCCACAGGACUGGAGCGACAAGGAGGCACAGGUUCAGGAACUUCGAGAUCAGGUUACCAGGAUGUUAAUGGAAAAUACAGAGAUUUUGUUACAAUCCGAUGCUGUAAAACUCAAGGCCUCGAGGUUUCAGACCAGAUGUGAGACAGAGGAGAGACUCCGUCACCUGCAGGAGCAGCAGGUGUUACAUCUGAAGAUGAAGAAGGAAGAGGUGGAGAUGGCCAACAUGCUCCUGCAAAAACAGAUUUCCCAAACUAGACAAGAAUUACAGCAAAUACUAAAAGAACAAGAGAGAGAGCUGGAUCAGCACCAGCAAUGGGCAGAGGAGGAGAGUGAUAGAGUGCUAGAGCAGGUUGCUGCAGGGGAGGAUGGCAGAGGAAUGGAUCUCUCCUGGACCAGCACCCAGUGCGACUACUCAAGCCCUGCUCAUAGCAGACUUGACUCAACCACGCCGACAAUUCCAGCCCCAGGCUUUGGCCCAGCUCCACAGACAAGGCCCCGAAAUUAUGCAACUAGCCCAACGGCAGCAUUUCCGCCACAGGUGAGGGCAGGUGAUGAGGCCCUGAAGGAGGCACGAGCCGAACUCACAGAAGCCCGAAAGCAAUGGCACCGCCUACAGGUGGAGAUCGAAUCGCUGCAUGCAAUGGAGAAGAGUCUCCAAAGCUCCCUACACCACACUCAGCUCCAGUACUCCGUGCAGCUUAAGGACCUCUCCAGGUCUGUGAGGAGUCUGGAGUCAGAGUUGGAAACAGUCCAAGAUGAUCUGGAGGUCCAGAGGCAGAACCACAGCCAGUUACUCAACACCAAGAUGAGGCUGGAAAGAGAGAUCACCACCUACAGAAAACUCUUGGAACACGAGGAGGGCAGGUUUCUGACAUCAGAUGGCCAGUCUCUCAAACCAAAGCCUUGGAAAGCAUCAGUUCCUGCUCCAGGGCAGAACGGACUUCCCAACGGAUGUGACGAGGAAAUCGCUCAGCCCGUUUCCACUGAGAGAACUCCAAAAAGUAGCCCAGUCCUUCAUCGAUAUAGGAGUCUUGUUAUUUUGACAGAACCAAUCAGGAACAAAGAUGGGGAGAUCUGUACUGUGAAGACGCAGGAGAUUCUAGAGGGAAAUGUACUGAGAGAAAGUGCAGAGGGUCAUGGAAGUGUGGAGACAGAAAAGAUUGACAAGGUGAUCAGGCAAUGGGAAGGGUCGUUCUUUCAAGGAAAUCCAAAGUUGAGGAAGAAAUCUGUUUCUCUGCGUUUCAACCUUCACAUGGCCGUAGCAGAUGAGGGCUGUGGCCAGACAAAACAGGACAGUCUCCCUAACGUGGAAGUCCGUCUGGUCAUGAAGCGGUCCCGCAGCAUACCCACCUUUGCUCAGUGAUGUCACAAUGCAACUACAUCACAACUGUGACAUCACAAUACUACCACAUCCCAACUAUGACCUCACAAUGCUACAAUCACAGUUUAGUAGUGGCAAAGCUGAUGCAGUGUUUAAGUGUCAACAGUCAUGGUAACGAAAAGUGAACGACACCAAUUAAGUGACAUCACAGAACUUUUGCCAAGUCCUAGGAAUAAUUAGCAACACAUCAUCAAUUAAGCAUUUUAAAGCAAAACUCAAAUUGCUCUAAUGAUUGUUAAGAACUCACUACAUAUAAAACAACUUUUAGAAAAAUCAACUAAAAUUAUUUUGUAAUUGAUUUAUUUUACUUCAACUUUAAUGCUUUUGAAAAUGGGUUGAGAGUAUAAACGUGUUGCAGUGUUUCACGUUUCAUGUUUGUGACUUUAGAGCGUAAUGCUUUCUGCGUACACUCUACUGCAACAUUAUUCCUGAUCAUUAGCAUAUUAUAUUAUUAAAAACCUUGAUAAGUAUUGUUUUGUAAAAACGUGUUCAGUUUAAACAUGAAUUGGCCUAAAGUCUCACUGAAAAGAAGCGAUCACAGUAGUUGCAGCCAAGAAUUUCACACUCAGUACAGCAUAUAGAUAGAUGCCUUAUUCAGUCUAACAAAUGCUUCUGGAAAUCUAAUUUUACACUCCAGUGAACACAGAGAGAGUAUCUAGUCCUUGUUCUUCAAGAAAAUCUAGCGUGAACCAAAACAAAAGAUUUAGAGCAACACCAUUGUACCGUUGUCACGAUAUUGCCUGCACUGACAUUUACAAAAAAGGUAACAGUAAAAGUCAUCAGCCUAUCACUGCAAAUGUUGUAAAAAAAAAAAAAAAAUGGUUAUUUAACACAUAAAUAACCUCUGCAUUCAUUACAUUGCCUUUAAAAGUUACAUUGCUUCGCUUUACAGAUGCAAAGUUUACACUUUAUUUAUAGUGCGAAUACUGUGUCUUCCAAUCUAAAAUCAUGCAGGUUUAUUCAGAAAACUUGAAAUGACAAUACUUCUAAACAACAGAAAAAGAAAUACAGCAUCUGUGAUUUACAUAUAUUAAACGAUUAAAUUGAUUGAUUUAUGUACCCAUUAUAUUCUACCUCUGACGGUUGUUGUACUGUAAAUAAAUGGGGUUCUUCCUGACGCAACAAAGAA